AUGGAACACAGCAACAUCGUAAACGAAGUCGUUAAGCUGAAGACGGAGCUGAAAAAUGCCCUGGCGGAAAAUGGAGAGCUGAAAAAGAGGCACCACGAAGACACGGAAAAGCUGAACUUAGUUUCGCUGAAAAACGCCACCCUGUUGAGCGAGCUAGCGGACGAGAAGAAAAUGCUGCAGAUAGAGUUUAGCAACUACAAGGAGGAGUCGGUGAAGGAUAUAAAGAGGCUACAGGAGGAGCUAGACAAAAACGUGAUUAUGUUAAAUUGCUUGAAGGACGAAAUCCUCUUCAAGGAAGAGGAGCUGAAAAAGGCGGAAAUAAUUGAGAAGCUGUACAAGGAGGAGAGCCAACUGAAUCAGGAAAAAGAUAGGAAGAUUAAAGAUUUAGAAAACGUCCUAACGCGGAGGGAAGCGGGAGGAGAGGGGGAGGCACCUUCGCAGGGAGAUCAACCCAUUAGUGACCAUCACCAAAUGGAGCAAAGGAACGAAGAAUUGAAGACGCUAAAUAAAAAAUAUGAACAGCUAAAAAAAACGAACAGCGAAAUUGAGAAGAAGAUCUACUUCCUAAAGGAAGAAGUAGAUUACUACAAAAAUAAUGAAAACAGUUUUAUCAUGCAAAAUAUUUUUAGUGCGGAAAAUCAUUUAGACGAUUCGACGUGCAAAAAAUAUCUUCUCAAAAUAUCAGUCCUGUACAACGCGUUACACAAAAUUGUCGUGUAUGAUCAGAGGAGUCUCCUCGAAAAAGACAAAUUGAUUUACUCCCUGGAGAAGGAAAACACCCACUUUUUGAAAAAAUUCAUUGCAGAUGAGAUGUACUGUCUGUACCUCAAAGACUGCAUCAGUAAAAUUAACCUCACGUACCAAAUAGACCUCCACAAACAGGAGAAAAAAUAUAUGCUCCUCAACUCAGAGUACGAUGAGCUGUACAAUAAGUUUUUGCAAGAAAAAAACGAAAAUUGCCUCCUCAACGAACGGUAUGAUAAGAUCAUUUUCAGCCAGAAGAAAGAAAUUAAUAAUUUGAAGAGCCAUAUAUCGAUGCAGAACAAGGACAAAGAAAUUCUCACCAAAUACAUCGACAAUUACAUCACUUAUAUAGAAAAUUCUUAUGAGAAGUAUUGCCUCCUCAAUACAGAGUAUAAAAAUUUAGAAGAGCUGGUCAGAGACUUGGAGGAGAAAAACAAAAACUUGAUGAUUCUUGUUAAUGGGAUAAAUGCGGACGUGGUGAAGGAUCACUCCAAGGGGACCGAACUUGAGGAGGAGGACGACGACAAAGCAAAACAGAAGAGGAACACCAUAACGAUGGACAUCGAUCAUAUGAAGCUAAUCAAAAAUGACAUCAAAGAUAAGGACAUAAAAAUCAUCGAAUUGGAGAGCAAAAAUCUGGAACUUGAAAAAACGAUUGACAAACUGAACGACGAAUUGGUGAAAAACAAAAAAACGGAGUACGAGGAAAGCGAGUCCUCCAAAAUUAAAGACCUCUGCUUUGACUUGAAGGAUAUCUGCUCCAAACUAGAACUGGAAGUGAAGGAGAAAAAUUACAUCAUAGAGGAACUCACCGAAAAGGUAACCCAGGCAGAUAAAAAAAGCAAAGACAAUCAAGUCAUCCUAGAAUUGUCCGAAUUUAGAAUUCAAAAUUUUAAUGAUAAUAUGAAGUAUUACCAACAGAAGGUGGCAGAAUUGGGUGAAAAGCUCCAAAAGAAGGAAGCCGAAAUUGCCAUCUUUCACGAGUAUAAUGAACGGCUAAAGGAGGAAAAGGAGAAAAUGACCUACGAGCACGUCAAGCUGGUGGAGCGCCUGGACGAACUGCAGCUCGAAAAUGAUCAUCUGAGGAAUGAAGUGAUCUUCCUAAAGAAGGAGGCCUCCUCAAGUAGGAGCCACCCUGCUGGGAGGGAUAAAGCUAACCUGAGUAAUGACCGCCUCAUCGGAGCAGCGGUGGUGGCGGAUGACACCUACGCGGAUGAGAAAUCGACCACUCAGAACGGGGAGAGGAGCGAUCACCGAAGCGACCAGCGAACCGCUCAUCCAACCGCUCAUCCAACCGCUCAUCCAACCGCUCACCCAACCGAACAGCAUCCCGAGUGCGAACCAAACGGCGGCGCCUAUAAGGGCAUCUUCAAAUUCAUGCAACCUAAGAAGAACGCCCACGAGGCGAAGGACCAACUGGGGCUAAAAGUAGCCAAACUGACCGACGAAAAUCUGCUCCUCAUUAAGGAAAAUGAAGAAAUUUUUGAUAAGCUCCAGGCGGUGUCCAGCGAAAAUGUGAAACUUAAAAACGAGUGCAUGUACGUCAAAGCGGACGCAGAAAAGUCGCUCUUCUAUCUGGAGUACGAAAAAAAGGAAAAGCUAAAAUAUAAAUUGUUGCUGAGGCAGAAGAAACGAAAGGGGAAAGAGCUCAAGAGAACAUUUAACAAAAUGAUGGGCACUAUGAAGGACCUAAUCAUAAAUGUAAAAAAAAUUGACAAGGAAAAUAAAAAAAAUGAUAUUAACAACUCCUUCUUUAUAUCCUCUUCGUCCGAAAAUAAUUCCAAUGAGGAGCUCCUCUCAGAUAACGAAAACACGAAUACGCAGCUGAUGGUGUCUUCUGUGGGAAAGUCCAAAAAGAGUCUCAACAAUACCAGUGUCGACGGGAAGCAUAGCUUUUACAGCAGGUCGACCAAGGUUCCCAGAGCCUCAGAAAAUGGAAACGGCGGAGGAGGAGAAAGAGAAUCCCAGGGGGGGAAGACACACCGCACACAUAAGAACGAGAGGAAAUCCGCCAAGAGGUACAUGAAAAUACGAAUGCACAGGUUCUCUAUUUGCAGCAACUUUAAGAUAAACGUGGACAAAUUUAAGAAGGCGUGUAAGGAGACGGAGGACGGCGCCCUGUCCUUCCUGAAGGAUACUGGCUUCUCCAACCUCCACUCGCUGGCAAUUCAAACGAGAAACGCCAAAGGGCUGGACACGUUUUACUCCAUCCCGAACAGCACCGACUCGAAGGUGAUAAACCUACCAGAUGAAGAGAAGCAUAAGAAAAAGAAGAAACGGGCGAACAGUUUUUCCAUAUUUCAGACCGCCAAAAUGAUCAACGAUCUUAACUACAUCAGGAGGAAGUACGAUUCGAAGGUGAAGGAAACGCUAACCAUGCAGAAGAAACUGAUGGAGAAUGAGAAGGAGCUGAGCGGCACCAACAUAAAGUACGAAAAUCUGCUGAACGAACACGACUCACUCAUUUCGCAAAUUAAAGAAAGGACGGAGAAGCUAGCCAACAUAGAAAAAAAUUACAACCUCCUAUUUGAGAAGUAUAGCGAAACGCAGGACGAAAUGAAGAUGCACGAAAAGAAGACGCAGGAGAUUUUUAACGAGUGUAACGAGUUGGUAGAAUACAUGAAAAAGAAGGAAAAUAAAAUUAAAGAAUUCGAUGAGCACUUGAAAAAAAUGGAAAUAAAAUACAAGGAGGAAAGGGAAAAAAACGACAUCCUCACAAAGGACAACGUUUCGCUAGACAAUUUAAAUGCCAAGUAUAAGGAAGACGUCGAACUGUACAGGAAAAAAGUGGAGAGCAUGCAGACGGAGUUGAAACUGAGGCUAUCCAAAAUUGAGGAGUUAGAACUAAUUCAGAAGAACUCCGAAAAUGAAAUUUUCUACCUAAAGUCAGCCACCUACAAAUAUGAAAUAAAUUUGAAGGAGGCCCAUGACGAGUUGAACAAAAUCAACGACGCCACUGUGAAGCUGCGGAAGGAAGCCAGCGAAAAGGAGGCUACUCUAAACCUGUUAAAGGAGCAAAUCCUAAACAGGGACUUCUUCCUCUACAGCAUAAAUGAGUCGCUCAAAAGGAAGGAGUACUUUUACAAAAAUGUGAAGCAGAGAGUUCAGGGGUUCAACAAAACGUUCAUCGAAUUAUGCGAAAGCUUCGAAAUGAGCGAAGUGAAAAAAUUCAAUGAGCUGUAUGAAGGCUUCGAAUAUAAUGAUGCCAGCUAUAAGAAGCAUGCGCUAAAUUUCCAGCUGCACCAUAGGGAUCGAUUCGCAGACACCGUGGAGGACAUCGUAAAAACGGUGGACGCGCUGAGCGAAUUUAACCUCAAAUGUGAGGAAGAGAAAAACGACAUGGCCAACCGAAUGAAAGAUCUGGAGAACAAACUAAAAAUGAAGAUGAACGAAAAUAACGAGCUGUAUGAGCAGUACGAGAGCAACAUGAAGAGCGUCCUGCUCGAGCGAGACGAACGGGUGGAAGAUUGCCUCAUCCUGUCUGAAGACGUAAAAAAGAAGAAUCAAGAAAUACACACACUCGUCAAAGAGUUGGAAGAAAAAAACGUCGAAUAUAAUGAAGUACACAUGAAAUGCACCUUCCUCACCAAUGAGGUAAAAAAUUUAGAAGGCGCCAAAAUGCAUCUGAAGGAAAAACUCAGGGAAAUCGAAUCCGAACAGGAAACACAAAUUGAGUUCCUCAAAAAGGAAAAUGAUUAUCUGAAGGACGACAUCGCGAGCAUCAAGAAGGUUAUUCACAAUUUGGAUGAAGAAAUUGAAAAGCUCAAAGGAACAGUAGAUAAUUUGAAACAGGAGAAAUACGCCUGCGAAAAGGAGAUAGACAAACUGAGGGAAAUCCUCGAAGAAGAAAAAAGAUUUAAUGACAUUUUGAAAGAAAACGAGCAAAACUUCAUUCAAGAAAUUAAGGAGGCACACCAGUACGCUAUCCGAAAGGAGGAAGAAAUUAACCUCCUAAAGUUGAACCACGAAUUGGAGCAAAAAAAAUACCUUGACGAAAUUGAUCACUUAAAAAUUAAAAACAAAGAAAUUCACGACUCGGUGAAAAACCAACUGAAAAUGGUCUCCGAUUUGGAACUACAAAUGCUGGAGUAUAAAGUUCUGUUGGAUAAAAACACCAGCAUGAAAAUGCUCGUGCAAGAUUUGGAAAAUAAAAUUGACGAGCUGAUAAAGGACAAUGAAAAGUUAUGCAUCGACCUGAAGAAAGAAAAGCUCAUCAACGAAGAAAAGGAAAAAAAUAUCUUGGCACUAAGUGAAGACGUCAAAUUGUGCGAAACGAAAAUCCACGAACAUGAAUCGUUGCUCCUGAAAUUGAAAGACGAAAAGGAGCAACUAAAUGAAGAGAUAUUCAUCCUCAAUGAUAUUAAGAAGAGCAAAGAUUCUAUUAUUGAAGAACUGGAGAAUAAUUUGAGGAAAGCCGUUUUCGGAGAUGUCAAACUGAACGAAAUGGAAAGGUCCCAACUGCAGCAUAAGGUAUUCACCGAGGAGGACCUCGGCAUUAUCAAAGAAAAGGAGGAAGAGCUAGAUUUCAACGACUUGGUCAAUUCGACCAUGUGCAUUUUUAACAAUAACGCGAACGUAGGCGGUAGCAACAGGAACGCUGCAAACAAAAUGGUCGAGCUUAAGAAGUAUAGCCUCUUCUUGAAGGAAGAAAACGACGCCAUCAAACAGGAGCUCAGAAAAUUGAAGGACAGGUCCUCCAUCGAUGAAAGGAAAAACGUGGAGAUGCAAAGGAUAAUCGAAAGGAGGGAUGAUAUUAUCAGAAAAAUGAACAGCGAAAUAGUUACCUAUAAUGACAAAAUAAAAAUCUUCGAGAAAGACACCAACGAGCUUAAUUCCGAACUGUGCGCAGCCAACGAACUGCUCGCCCUUCGGAGCGAUGAGUGCAAAGAGCUGACGAUGGAGCUGUAUGAGCUCACCGAUGUUAAGAAUAAGUUAAUGGUUCGAAACGAAGUUCUGCAGAAGCAGGUCGAUUUCUUCAAACAGGAGGUCGAGGAGAAGGCGGAGCUUCUCAACGACUUGGACAUGAAGAAGGCCGAAAAUGACACCAAGGAGAGCGAGAAAAACGCCAUUAUUGGCGAAUACAACCGCACGUUAAACGUGUACUAUAAAAUUUGCUCGCACAUUAUUUAUUAUAAGAAGUACAUCGAGAAGGAGCUGAGCGGGGGGGGCACAGGCGAGGGGGAGGGAAAUGGCGAUGCAAAGGGCGGCUACGCGGGGGUCACCCCCACUGAGGGAGUGCAGCGUAGCGCAGAGCGAAGCGUACUGCACGGCGGCCAACAGGACGACUCCCCGCUGACCCACUCGUCGCUAAUUCACUCCCCGCUGCUCCACUCCCCGCCGAUCCACUCGCCGCUAACCCAGAGCGAACUUGCCAACCUGAACCCCUCCGACACGAACGAAAUAUCCAGCUACAUCAGCGAAUUCCUCAAGUGCGUGCGGCUGCUCAUUUUUAAAAAAAGGGUGUUCGAGUCCAAGCUGGAGAGCGCAGAGCGGAAGUACAACGACUUUAAGGAGAAGCUGAAAGAAGACAGAGAUCUCAUAAACGAUUUGAAGAAGAGGCUCAGACAAAAUGAGGAGCACCACCUGCACAUGAACAGGCAAGGGAACCAAGACAGUCGAAGGUGUACCCCCCUCUGCGAAGAAACGGACUCCCUCUCGAUCAACUACAAAGAGCUCAGCACAGACAUAAGGAAAAGCCAAAGCAGAAAUGAUCAGGCUGAAAAGAAAAAUAUACUCCUCCUAAAAUGCGAAAAUGAAAAACUGAAAGGAGAAAAUAAAUACCUAAACGAGCAGAUAAGUAGCCUCAUAAACCUACAAAACAGCAUGAGCGAGAUGAAGAAAAGAAGCGAGUAUGGAGAGAAGGAAGGAGCUCAAAAUGAGUACAUGUACGUGGCGGAAAACAAGUUCCUCAAAUUCGAGAUCGAAUCAAUGACCAACGAACUGAACAUUGUUAAGAACAAAAAUGAUUAUCUGAAAAAGAAGGCGGACAAUUAUGAAGACAUAAUUGACAGUUUGCAAAAAGAAAUAAUACACAUUUUGGAUAAGCAGAAGGAGUGCGAUGAGGAGUACUACAAAAUGGAAAGCGAGUUGGAAAAAAAAAACGAAGACAUUGAAAGUUUGAUGCAGAAGAGGAAAGAGGACCAACGACAAAUCGAAGUGGAGUACUCGAAGAGCCUAAAAUUGGAGAAGGAAUUUCUCGCCCUCACAGAUGACCUUUUCAAGAAGGAAUCCCAACUGAAGGAGUUGGAAGAAAUUGUAAAAAACCUAAAGGAUGAUAUUAACGCACACAUGGUAGAAAAGGAGGAGCUAAAAAAUGCCGUAGAAAAUUUGAAAACCAAAUAUGGCACAUUUCAAAGUAAGUAUAACGACCUUUAUGAGAUAUUUGAGAAGGAGAAGCAGGGCAAAUCCGAGAUGGAGAAAAAGCAAGAUAGUGCACUACUCACGAGGUUAAAAAAUUAUGACGACAUUAUCUCCGAACUUCUAAAGGAGAAGGAAAAUUUGCUAAACAAGUAUGAAGAGUUAAAGAGAGUGUAUGAUGAGAAACUGAAAGUGGAAUCCCUGCUGCAUAAAGAAAUCAAUGAACUAAGGAAGAGUAACGAAAAACUGACUGAUCAGAAUAAUUCUUUGGCUGAAAAUGUCAACCAGUUGGUUAAACAGAAUGAGCAAUACAACAUCAAGUUGGUAGAUUUAGAUAAGGACAAAUUUGACCUCUACAUGAAGUACCUUAAAGUGUCGGAGGAACUGAACAACCUUUCAGCGUCCCCCCUCCGUUCGAAUCACAGUGCAGCGGAUAAAAACUUCGCGGAGAGUGGGCUUUCCAGCCAUCCCUUGUCUAGGGGGAACCCCCCGGGAGGUGAAUCGCGUGGGAAGGAGCCCCAAAAGGGAGCCACAACCAACCGGAAGAACCAAAUCAACCACUUGGAAGCAGAAAAUCGUGCGCUCAAGGAAAAGGUUAACGAACUGGAGCAACUGAACGGGAACAUUUUCAGCGACAACAAGGUGUUAAUACAAAUGAUUGCAGAGGCAGACAAACGGGGAAGCGACCUACAAAGUGCAGACAUAGAAAAUUUGAAGAAUUACCAAAAUUUGGUGAAAGAAAACAAACUUGAAAAGGAAGAAAAUGAACAUCUGAAGAUAGAAAAUUAUAACUUGAAGAACCAAAUCGAUCAGUAUAGCAUCAUGCUUAAUAAAAGGAGCCAAUAUGAGGAAAGAAAUAAGAGAGCCAAAAAUUACCUCUACUACUUAAAUGACAAAAUCAAAGGGUUCAUAGAAAUCUUCAGCGAAAAGAACUUCAAUUAUGAAUACUUCAAAUCGGAGCUAAAAAAAAUUAAGUCCACCAAUUUGAUGAUUAUUGAGGAAAAUUUCGAAAAUUUCAAGGAGGGUGGCAACUCCAGAGUGAGUACCCCAAGUAAGAACACCCUGGAGGAGGACAGCAAAAGUGUGAGCUCCAAAAUAAUUGUCAAUUUUUUUACAGCCUAUAAUGAUAGGAAUAGAAGCAACGAAAAUGACAUCAUCAUCAACAGAGUGGAACUGAAAAAAUUCUACAAGUGCAUCAUAAAAUUGAAGGAGGAUUAUCAGAAGAAGUGCCUGCUGGCUGAUAACCAAAAAAACCUCAUUGAGGAAUUGAACAAGGAGAUCUUUAACUACUCCUCGCAGAAUAAGAAUCUCCAAAGGGAUGAACUUGAAAUGAAGAAAAAAGUAACCCAACUGAUGAAUGAAAAUGCCGCCAACGUGGAGAAGUUUGCCAAACUGAAUGGAAAUUUAAUCACCAGACUUAACGAGGAAGUCUCUAAGAACGACAAGUUAACGUCCGAACUGAACACACAGAAGGAGAUAAAUAAACGACAGCAGGAGGUCCAAAAGAGGAUAGAAGAGACCCUACAUUUUAAGCACUUCACGAGUGAUAAUUUGUCCAAACAGGAGGAAGAAAACAGGGAAAGAAAUUUACAAAAAAUUAAUAUCCUACUGGACGAGUAUGAAGAACUGCUCAGGAACAAUUCCAAGCUGCUAACGACCAGCGAUAAAGUGGCUGCCGAAAAUGACACCCUCAAAGAGGUCAUUACCAAAAUGGACAAGGAGAUUAACAACCUGACGAUCGAGCUGAACGAGAAGAAGGAACAGCUCAGUCAGGAAAAACGCAAAAAUGAGCAACUCGCACGAAGUGUACGCAGAUUGGACGGUGAGCAGGGCAAACGGGGUAGAGAUACGCCCCAAAAUGAUGGGGAGCAAUACAACGGGGAAGUCAUACACAAAUAUGAAGCGAUUAUUCUCGCCAUUGAAAAAAAAAACUCCCAGCUGGAGAACCACUGUGAGAGUUACCAAAAACGUAACGACGAGCUCAGCGAUAAGUACGACGCUUUGCUUAAGGAGUACAACGAGCUGAAACGUUUUGUGAAAGAAAAAAAAAUUGAAUUUAAGUUGGCAGAGGGGGGAAGCCAAAAUGAUGACGAAAACGAAGGGGGGGUCUCUAAAAGUCAGGCAAGAGGCUCAGAAAAGAACACCUCAAAGGAGAGACAAUCGCGCAGUGCGUUCCUCACAGCGGAUGAGUUGAUCGCCCUCAGCAAGCACGUAAGCGCGGUGGAGACGCUGAACAGGGACUUUCUGAAAAAUGAACAACUGGAAGGGUUCAUAGGUUUAAUCAAACAGGACAUUGGCGGCAUUUUGGGGGAGGGCCCGGGGAAUCGAAGCGAAAUCCGUGGAGAAAACCGCAGCGAACACCGCAGUGAACACCGCAGCGAACAUCGCAGCGAACAUCGAAGCGAAAUACCUGGCGACCUGCUCAACGGACUGCUCACCCGAUUGGGCGAAAAAGAAAACGAGGUAAACAGUUACAAAGACGCCCUGGACAGCCUGCAGAUGCGACUGAACGGCAAGGAGGAAAUAAUCAGCAAUUUGAAGCAUGCCUACGAAAAUGAGCUGAAGCGGAAAACGGAGUUGACCAAAAGGCUGGAGGAGAAGGUGCAUGAAAGUUCCCCCACAAAGCAGGCAGACAUACAAAACGAACAAAUGUUUUUGAAAUUCCAAAACGGGUAUGAAGAAUUGCUGAACGAGUAUAACGUCUCCCUAAAUACGCUGGAAGAAACCAAGGGAAAGCUAGAACUGCUAAGGAGCGAAAAAGACAAGAUGGAAAAGCUAAAACAAUUAGAAAUGAACGACAAAGAAUUUAUUAUCAAAAAAUUGGAACUAAUAAACACCCAACUGAAGGAUAAGGCAGAUGAGAUAAAAAAGUCACUUAGCCAAGAACUUGAAAUGAAGGAAAACAUCAUCAAAGAUAACGUAGACAUGCUUGACGAGUUGAAGAAUCAAGUGGACUUUUUAAAAAAUGAAAAAAGUAAAAAUAGCAAGUACACCGCAGAGCUAGAAUUGCAGCUAGCCAAUUUGAACAACGAAAUGAACACACUGAAUAACCUCCUCAAAGAUUCGAAGGAAGAAAUAAAUUUGAUAAAUUCCGCUUUGGAAGAAAAAGAAAAUGAAGUCACCGAAUUGAGGAGCCAAUUAGAGAGCUACCUAAAGCAAGAGGAUGACACAACAGUGCAAUAUGAGCAGCCACACACGGGAAGCAAACGUAAUAGUAGCGUCUCAGAGAAGAGGCGACAAAGCUACCCAGGAAGCAGUGAACACCUGCUGAAGGAAAACGAAAUUAUUAACGAAUUGAAGAGGAAGAGCCAAAUGCAGUCCAAUCUACAUUAUCAAAAGUUGAACGAGCUACGGAUUGAUCUGAAGAACUCCUUUGUAAGUUACAAUAAGCUCAAAUUUGAUAGUGAAAAAAAAAUUGAAGAUUACGAGGAAGAAGCAAAUAACUUAAAAUAUUAUAUAAAAAAAAUCGAAGAGGAAAAUGAAAAAAAGGAUAAGAAAUAUGCCCUAAUAGAAAUUGCCAUCAAAGAAAUGGAUAAAGACUUAAUCAUUUUGAAAGCACAACUGGAGGAAAAGAGUCUCUACAUUGUAGAUCUUGAAAAGAACCUACAGCGCUAUGAAACCGAUCUGCGGUUCCUCGGUGAAGACGCGAAAGCAGUGCAGCACGCAAUUAUGACGUACGUCGAAUCGGAUGGAAGUGACGUUCACCACUUGACCAACGAACUCAGCACCAAGACGAAGACGAACCAUUUCGCCUUCCUCAAAGAUGUCAUGGUGACGCUUUAUCAAAAAUUUAUUAACGCGCAGGUGAAGCGAAAAGAACGGCGCAGUGGCAGUCAUGACGGUGACGCCGCUUUGCAGAAGGAGAAGGAAAUUCUAAUCUUGGAAGAGAAGCUGAAUGAAAUCCUUUUCGAAAAAAACGGGCUGGAAAACGAGGUGCGCUUGGUUAAGCAGGAGCUAGACACGCUGCACGAGAAGAGGAGUGCCUGCGCAAAGGAGCUGAACGGGCUUAUGGAUGAACUGGAGAAGCGGCAUGAAGAGCUCAGCCAUGUGAAACAGCGAAUGGGCGAAUUUGAGAGGAGGGAGAAAAACCUGCACGAUAGGGAAAGCGAGCAGAUCAGAAAUGGAGAAGAGAUGGUGAGGAGGGCCAACGAGCUGGCCAGCAAAGAGGGCGAAGUGAUGAGGAGGGCGAACGAGCUGGCCAGCAAAGAGAACGAAGUGGUGAAGCAGUCGAACGAACUGGCCAUGAAAGAGAGCGAAGUGGUGAAGAGGGCGAACGAGCUGGCCAGCAAAGUGGAAGAGCUAAACCACGAGAAGACCCACAUGGAGGAGCUGAAAAACGAUCUGAUGGCCAAAUUCGAAAAAUUGUACAACGCGCAGAAUGAUAUCAAAAUUAAGGAAACGAAAUUGAAAAAAAUAUACGAAAAAUUGAAAAACCACAACAUUGUAGAAUUGCUAGACAUUAAUAAUAAUGAAAGUUUUUUAAACACAUCCUCGACGAAUAAUCUGAACAACUCUACGUCGCUAAAGAGGAUAAUUGAAAUGGAUAAUCUGGAGAAUGAAAAUGAAAGCCUAAAUUUGGACUCACUCGAGUAUACCACCUACUUCAAGGAGUUUAAAAAAAGAAUUAAACAUUUGAAAAACGAUUUAACAAAUCGGGAGAAAGACAUGGAGAUAUACAAAAAAACUCUCGAAAUUGAGAAGAAGGAAAAAGAAAUCUACAAAAUUGAGUUAGAAAAAUUGAAGGAACUUUUGCAGGUGGAACAAAUGAACAGAAGAAAUCUGGACGACGAAUUGGAGAAAUACAAAAAUGAGGACUCCCAUUUUUUGAAGUCCCUAAAGGAAUCGGAGGAACAACUGAAUGAGAAAAAUAACACCAUUUUGGAACUGCAACAGAAGCUGAUUGAAACUUCCUACCAAAUGAGCCUGAUGGAUAAUAAGAGCAGCAUUCUGCAGGAAAAAAACAGCGAAAGUGAGAAGAAAAUCGAGCAACUCAGUGGCAUCAUCUCCAACUAUGAAAAAGAAAUUAACCAACUGAAUAAGGAAAAGCUAAACAUCACCAGAAAAUCGAUCGAAAAGAUUAUAGACGACGGGGAGGACAUCAAAAAGUUGAAGGACAAUUUGGAGGACGCCCAUCAGGUGAUGCUGCAGCUGAAGGAGAAAAACAAGCACCUCCACAGUGUGAAUAAUGAACUGCAACAGGCCAAUAGAGACAUGCGGGCAGACAUCGAUGUGCUCCUCUCCAACAUAGAGGAUAUAAGCGAGGAGAAGAAACUCACCGAGCAGAGGCUCAGGCAGGGUGAAGACAGCUACGCGGAGCUCAAGCGGGCUUACGAAGAGAAGGUACAGGAGGGCGAACACAUGUACCGCCUGCUUUCCCCCAAGGCGAAAAGGAAGCUGCACUUUGGGGGGAAAGCACUGGACCAAGAUGAGCGCGGUGAGCGCGAUGAGCGCGAUGGUGACGAGGCGGGGAACGAAAGGGGAAGUCAAAUCAGUGCGGAAGUGGGUGCAAACGUGGGUGGAGAGACGAACCCCCAACGACGCCGCUCACUGGGCCAGGUGGCACCCCCCGAGUUGGAAGAGAAACACGCGGAAGAGAAGCACCUGCGUGCCCUGCGCGAAAAGAACGAAGUCAUCGAAUCGCUGAAGGGGGAACUGGCCCACUACACCGAGGAGAACGGCAAAAAAGAAGAAGUGAUAAAAGAGUACAAAUCGCUGGUGGACGAAAUCUCAAGCAAGGUGCACAUAUUUGAAGACAACCUGCAGUUCCUUGUCCGGCUGAACGAUUUUGUAAACGAUAACAACUGCUCAUACGAGCAGGUGCUAGUCAUUCUAGAGGAAUCUACCCUAUACAGGAAGAUAUUAAAUAAAGUCCUCCUGGAAAAUCAGUUUUACAGACACAUUUGCCAAAUUAAGGAAUACCUGUUUGAGGUAAUAAAAAAGAACGCGUCGAACACGAGGGAGACGCUAAAGUUGAGUCUGCUGAAGAGGAGGAACUCCAAGAAGGAGAGCAGUUCGAACAACUUGGGCCACCUGAGCAAUUCGAACAACUUGGGCAGUUCGAACCAUGGGCUGUACCUCAGCGAGAACGUGCACUCCCUCCAACAGGAGAAUGACUCCCUGGUGGAUAACGUGGAGUACAUCCUAAGAGCAAUCGACAGCGACUUUACCAAUUUGGAAAAUGUUUGCGACGAUAUUUGCCACCUACUCAAAAGGGAAGAGUGGCACAGUUUGUAUAAAAAGAUGAACGUCCUCGAGUUCAGCUUCAACAAUGUGGUAAACAACAUCGCCAACGAAAUUAAAAAGGUCAGCAAGAAAUGCAACGAGAAGGGAGAAUUGAGGAAGAACCUCAAAGUGAUGAAGAAGAAAUUUAACUCGCUGUCCAACGAUUUUCUAAAAAGUGUGAAGGAGAUAGACAGCCUGAACGUUCUCCUUUCGAAAGAGUCCGAAAAGAACGAAUUGCUGCAGGUGCAAAGCGAAGAGCUGAAGCAACUCUACGAUAAGCUAAAUGGAGAAUAUAACGACAAAUUGGCAGUUAUUCAGGAGCAGGAGUUCGAGGUGAAGAACUUGAGGGAGAAACUAAUGGAAAGGAAUGAGCACAACACGAAGGCAGAGCAAAUGAACGAGUUCCUCAAAACGGACCUGACUUAUCUUAAUACGUCUCUCGAUCAGGCGGCCCAAAAUUUAAACCAACUGAACAAUGAAAAUGUGAAAAACAAAAGGAGGGUAAUCGAAUUGGCGGAGGAAAAUACCUACUUGAAGAACCAAGUGGAGGAUAAAUCCCAAGUUAUAGAGCACCUGGAAAUUGACCUCGAAUCGAAGAACCAAGUGAUCAGUGAGCUGAAGGAGUUCAACGAGAUGCUGAUGAAAAAGGUUGAGGGGGGCACCUCCAACGGGGAGGACGGCCGCCCCGACGAUGCCCCCAAUAGGGGCAGCCCCAAGGGCAGUUCCAGCAGCGCAAAAAUUGCAAGCAACAGCGGCAGGCGUGGGGACGCACCUGCGAGUAACAGCGGCAGGCAUAGGGACGCACCUGCGAGUAACAGCGACAGGCGUGGGGACUCCCCUGCGAGCGACUCCUGUGAGGAAAUAAACAAAAAGGAACUGCUCAUCAUCAUCAGCAAGCUGGAAAAUGAUAAUAACAUCCUGAACGAAGAGCUGGAGAUUUUUAAAAACAAUUUCAACGCACUGAAGGAAAAAAAGGAGCAGCUGGAGGACGUCAUCAACAGCAACGACCUGGCCCUGAACAGGAGGGAAAUAGAACUGAACGAUGCCAUCAUCGAAAAGGAGAAAAUGCUGGAGGAAACCGGCAGGUACAAAACGAAGUGCAUACAAAUGAUAGACAUAUGCUUUAACAAAGACUUCAGCAUUGUUGACAUACGGGAGAAAAUUGUGGCCAUCUUCGAAAAUGAGGAUGAAGAGAUUGAAGAAAUUAUCAGCUGCCAUAAGAGGCUGCUCUACCACAAUGGGAGUAUUACCCCCCGGGGGACCGAAGCGGGGGCCACGCACAGGAGGAGUAGCGCCAAGAACGGAGACAAAUCACCGCAGCUGCAAGACGAAGACAGAGUGGCCAUCAUCGAACAAGAAAAAAUCCUGCACAUCGAAGAAAUGAGCAAGAAGAACGAAGAGCUCAUCAAAAAAAAUGAAGAAAUUUGGAAAAUGAACAAAUACAUUGAAGAGCUAAACAAAGAAAUUACCAACAAGAACUAUAUCAUCAUAAAGCACCAACAAGAUGUGGAGGACAAAAACGACAUGCUGGAGCAGAACCAGCAGUACAUUCAGUUUUUGAAGGACCAACUGAAACUGCUCUGCAAUAACAUCGAUGAGAAUAACCUGUUCGACAUUAACAACGUGAAUUUGUCGCCCACGCUUAGGAGCUUCAUCAAGAGGAAGAGCUUCAACGCGAGGUGCUCCUUCGUUGACGCGUCGGAGAGGAGGGGCGGCAGUCUCCGCGAUGGGGCGAACAACCGAGAAGGGGGGAGCUUCCACCAAGGGGGGAACAGCAGUCGCCUCCACGAGGAGGCCUUCAAGCAGAGCGACCAGUUCGACCUGAGCAGGAGGAAGCGGCUGUCCGAAUUGAAUGGUCAGCAAAUGUACAACUUUUACGAUGAAAAUGAAGUCAAAUUGGAGGAAAUGAAUUUAAAAGUGGAUGAACUGACGGACAAGCUGAAGGUGGCGGAGAGCCAAGUGGAAGUGCUCAAGGGGGAAAACAACGAGUUGGUGGAGAAAUGCGAAUUUUUGAAGAAGGAACUCAAGUACACACAGGGGACAAAACGUAAUUUAAUGCUCUGCGAAAGUAGGCUAAACAUACUAGAAAAAGAAUUGGAGGAGAAGCAAAAAAAACUCGAUGCCCAAAACAAGACCGUAAACGAGUGUGUGGACAUGUACGUGGAAGAAAAUUCCGAAAAUUUCAACAAAAUUUUGGAACUCAAAAAGGAUAAUGAAAAGUACAAAAUAGAGGUAAACAUCCUCAAUGAAGAAAUAGCCAAACUGAAAAGCCAAGUGAGUACCUACAGAAAUGACAUCAAAAAUAUCAGCUCCACUUUAGAUUUUUACAAAUCCACGCACGACGAAUUGGUGAAUGAAUUCAGCAAGGAGGAAACGACAAAUGUGUAUUACAAAAAGCUGUGUGAAUUGCUGAAGAAGGAAAACGAACACGUGAAGGAGAAUCUCCAAACGGAGGAAGAAAACAAGGAGCAGCUCAUAACCAGUAUGAACGAAAUACGGGAACAGUUGAGCAACUGCAUGAAGGAGAACUACGAAAUUACGCUGGACUUGGAAUUCUUCCAAAUGCAAAAUGGGAUACUCAAGGACAGCUGCAGGUACUACAAAGAGAGGGAGGACAUCCUCAUCGGCAACUUAAAUGACAAGGAUACCAAUUUGAGCGUGUUGGAAACCUUUAAAGAAGAAAACUUAAAAGAAUUUAUCGAAAAAUUGAAAGACGAAAUACACAACUUGAAGGACGCCAUUUCGGAGAAGACGAAGACCAUUGUCUCGUUGAAGUACCAAAUAAAGGAACACCAUUUUGAGAGCAUCUCAAAAAAAGGAGCCCACCUGGAACAUAAGAAUAAUGCACAAGAAAUUGUCAACUUGAAUAAUAUGGCCUACGUCCAGAGUAGCUUAUUUAUUUAUAUUAAUUUAUUCAAAAGCGUUCUUUUCAUUAUAAGUGAAAUUUUGUUCUACGCCGACCCUACGAAUAGCCUCUACGUAGAAAUUUUAACUCUUUUGAAGCUGAAGGGGGGCAACCAAGACGCAAAUGUAGAACUGGAUAACAUGAUUAGGCAUUUUCACCUCUCCAAAAUGGACUGCGAACAUAUCUUUCAGUCCGUCCUCAAGUCGAAAAGCAUCCUCAGGGAGAAGCUCCAGCUUCUCCAGCUGAAAAUUUGUUAA